UUCCCGAGUGGACCCUGAGGAGCUCUUCACCAAGCUCGACCGCAUCGGCAAGGGCUCGUUCGGGGAGGUAUACAAGGGCAUCGACAACCACACCAAGGAGGUGGUGGCCAUCAAGAUCAUCGACCUGGAGGAGGCGGAGGACGAGAUCGAGGACAUCCAGCAGGAGAUCACCGUGCUCAGCCAGUGCGACAGCCCCUACGUCACCCGCUACUUCGGCUCCUACCUGAAGAGCACCAAGCUGUGGAUUAUCAUGGAGUACCUGGGCGGCGGCUCUGCGCUGGACCUGCUGAAGCCGGGCCCCCUGGAGGAGGCCUACAUCGCCACCAUCCUGCGCGAGAUCCUGAAGGGCCUGGACUACCUACACUCAGAGCGCAAGAUCCACCGGGACAUCAAAGCUGCCAACGUGCUGCUCUCGGAGCAGGGGGACGUGAAGCUGGCGGACUUCGGGGUGGCGGGGCAGCUCACGGACACCCAGAUCAAGAGGAACACGUUCGUGGGCACCCCCUUCUGGAUGGCGCCUGAGGUCAUCAAGCAGUCGGCCUAUGACUUCAAGGCCGACAUCUGGUCCCUGGGGAUCACAGCCAUCGAGCUGGCCAAGGGGGAGCCGCCCAACUCUGACCUGCACCCCAUGCGCGUCCUGUUCCUGAUCCCCAAGAACAGCCCACCUGCACUGGAGGGCCAACACAGCAAGCCCUUCAAGGACUUCGUGGAGGCCUGCCUCAACAAGGACCCACGAUUCCGGCCCACGGCCAAGGAGCUCCUCAAGCACAAGUUCAUCACACGCCACACCAAGAAGACCUCCUUCCUCACCGAGCUCAUCGACCGCUACAAGCGCUGGAAGUCGGAGGGCCACGGUGAAGAGUCCAGCUCCGAGGACUCUGACAUCGAUGGCGAGGCUGAGGAUGGGGAACAGGGCCCCGUCUGGACGUUUCCCCCCACCAUCCGGCCCAGUCCACACAGCAAGCUGCACAAGGGGUCAGGCCUGCACGGCUCACAGAAGCCCUCGGAGCCCGUCAAGAGACAGCCGCGGUCCCAGUGUCUGUCCACGCUGGUCCGGCCUGUCUUCGGAGAGCUCAGAGAGAAGCACAAGCAGGGUGGCGGUGCGGGGGCGCUGCAGGAGCUGGAGAACGCCUUCAGCCUGGCCGAGGAGUCCUGCCCUGGCAUUGCAGACAAGCUCGUGGUGCACCUGGUGGAACGCGUGCAGCGGUUUUCACAUAACAGAAACCACCUGACGUCGACCCGCUGAAGCGUCGUGGCCACGCCAAGGGCUGCAGAGAGCCAGGCCGGCGUGGGAGGCCCUGUGCUGUGCGGUGACUGCGAGGACGCCUCAGCCUGCUGCCUACGUGCCAGCCCAUGUCCCCUCCUGCCCCCGCAGCGGGCGGCCCACCUUCCCGUGGGGACUCGCGGGCAGCCCGGCUGGGGUGGGCAUAGGUUGGCCUGCGUUAACCAGGUUCCUUCCCGUAAGUGCUCGUGUCACCCAGGAUGUGUCUGAGAAAACCGAACUGCUGUCUCCUGGAGCACUGUGGUGCCGCGUGCGUGUCCACAGAGCGCUGAAAGGCCUCGCCCCUUUCAAUAAACACCUGACUUGGA